GAGUAGGGUUACCAAAUUUCACAACUAGUUCAUUCUUGUUGUCACCUCGCGUGUUGGAUGUAGCCUGUAAAGUCAACAUGUGGCUUUGGAUGUACGUAGCGUUUUUAUGCGCGGUUUUAUCAGUCAGUAAAGCCAGUUUAGGGCAUGCAUGCGAUUAUGAAAUAUAUAAAUGCGGCGCCUGGGCUUCAGGAGAUAUACAGAUAGGUAUGCUCAGCUCCUGUUUUUCUAAAGUGGAGAAUUUAUAUUCUCGAGGAACUCCAGAUAUAUACAACUGCUCAGAAUUUAAUCUUGUAUCAUUUGUACGAAUGCUUGCUGUCAUCUACACCAUUGAAACCAUCAAUAACUCCAGUUUCCUCCCUGGGGUACAACUUGGUUAUCAUAUCUGUGACACUUGCUGUCAUGCUUCGAAAGCCAUACAGACCACAGAGCACCUGCUGGAAUUUAAUAACACUGGUCCUGGGCAGUGUGAGCUUAAACAAAACCCCAAAGUAAAGGCGAUUAUUGGAGCGCGAUACUCGGAGGUGUCGAUCAGUGUGGCGCGCUUUCUGAGCCUCUACAUGGUGCCGCAGAUCAGUGCAAGUUCGUCUGCAGAAGCACUAAGUGACCGUCUGCGGUAUCCUUCCUUCCUCCGGACCAUACCCAGUGAUGUCCACCAGAUGAAAGCCUUGGCCAAACUCAUGUCCCGAUUUGACUGGGAUUGGGUUGGUCUCAUUCACAGCGAUGAUGAAUAUGGCAAAAGCGCUCUGCAAGGCUUCCUGGACAAUGCUGAAAAGGAGAAUGUUUGUACCGCCUUUAUAGAAACAUUGCCUUACUACCUAGAUCAUAAGAACAUUGAUAUCAUGAUCCAAAAAGUGGUCCAAACCAUCCAAAACUCCACAGCAAAAGUCGUGUUAGUCAUCUUAAGAGAAGAGCUAGUGCACAAACUCUUCAUCGAGGUGAUCAGACAGAACAUAUCACGCACUUGGAUAGCCAGCGACGCCUGGUCGGUGUCGUAUAAUAUCAGUCACAUGAACGGCAUCAACAACAUCGGAGAUGUAUUUGGAUUCAGUUUUAUUACAGGCCCUAACCCUGGGUUUGAAGAGUAUCUGCAAAAUCUUGCAAUCACCCCGGGGACUGAGAAUGUAUUCAUAGAAAAAUACCGAAAGUUUGGAAACGACAAAGACUUCUUAACAAAAGUAGUGGAUACCACGCAGGCUUAUGCUGACCGAUUGGCCGUGCUCUCGAUUGCUCAUUCCCUGAAGAAGAUUUUAAAAUGUAACCAAACUGCCUGUCCAGGGAACAAAGACUUCCCCCCAUAUGAGCUUCUCAAUGAACUAAAGCAGGUCAAUUUUACUUUGGACAAUCGAACAUUUUACUUUAAUGAGUCUGGAGAUUUUGUCAACGGUUAUGAUUUGAUGAACUGGGUGCAGAAUAAGUCUAAUGGAAACAGAUAUCUUAAAGUUGUUGGAGGAUAUAACCUGGAGCAGGGACAAAUUAUUAUUGAUAAAAAUAUCCAAUGGUAUAAUUCAAAUUCAAAUGAGGUACCAACUUCAAUAUGCUCUGAUGCCUGCCCUCCUGGCAAAGCAAAAAAACUUUUAAAGCCAUCCUGCUGUCAUGAAUGCAUAGACUGUUUAGAGGGCACUUACUCCAAUAAUUCAAAUCUUCAAAAUUGCCUUCCGUGCCAAAACGGGACAUGGUCGCUAAAAGGAUGGACGCACUGUAUAGAAAAGAAAGAAGUCUACUGGACCUGGGAUGGACCACGAGCCAUCGUUUUUCUAGUGUUUGACGUGGGAGCAUUUCUCCUUUUGUUUAUAAAUCUGAUUAUCUACUUGGUGUUUCGUGAGAGUCCCGUUAUCAAACAGGCUGGAGGCUCCAUUUAUCUUCUCAUCAUGGUGGGAUUAGCAUUAAGCAAUAUCAGUCUCAUAAUCUUCUUCGGCAAACCCAAUGUCCACAAGUGUAGGGUACGCCAGGUCCUGUACGGCUUGGGCUUUUCCCUUACCGUCUCAUGUAUCCUGGUAAAAGCCUUGCGUACAUUUGUAGCAUUCCUCCCUCGACACCGGCAACACAGUGUCAAGAAAUUCUACAAGCCUCCCAUUAUUAUUGGCUCUGGUAUCUUCAUUCAGGCCCUCAUUUGCAUCUUUUGGCUAAUUUUUGAUUCUCCUUCGGUGGAGUUCCUGACGUCUAAUGACAGCAUGGAGAUCACAGUGCAGUGUGUAGAAGGCUCUGGCAUGGGAUUUGGCUUCAUGCUUUGUUACAUCGCCCUGCUCGCACUCGUCUGUUUUAUUCUGGCAUUUAAAGGUCGAAAAGUUCCUCAGCGCUUCAAUGAAACCGGGCACAUUAUCCUCAGCAUGCUGAUAUACCUGUUUGUAUGGGCGUGCUUCACUCCAAUAUACGUUGCGAAGUUCGUAGAGCGCUACUCCAUUCAGGCUGCAGCUAUCUUGGUUUCGACUUACGGAAUCAUCUUUUGUCACUUCGCCCCCAAGUGGUACAUGGCCCUUUGCAAAAAGAAGGACGAGGUCACUCAGGAGGCCUAUAUCGCACGAGCGUGCAACACCAGACCAUCGGUCGUCUCCAUUCUUUCUAAUUCUUCAUGGUUCGGGUUGCUAAGUUCUGAAACAGGACUCUCAGCUUCACAGACCAGCAUGAACUCAAAUGAUUCUGGAAUUUGCUUCACAAUUAACACAAAUAAAUCCAACCCUCAGCAGAUCACACGGAAAAGGUUGCGCAGAAGGUCUGUUUAAACGACGGAGAAAAGAACUCUGCACCUAGGAGUAUUAUUAUUGUUGCAGUAUAUAAGUAUUCUGCGUCCAUGAAACGUUUACAUAUUACAUAUUUACAACCUUGUUGUAGCACUGAGCAAUAAAAUAGUCAUU